CCGAAUCACUGUACAAUGUUUUGGUUUUUUGUAAGUGCUGUUUUACUUUUAUUUGCAUUAAAAUUCCGUUAUCCUUACUUUAUCAAAGAGGCAAAGUACAUCUAUCGAGUAGCAUUGGUUGUAUAUCGUAUGACAAAAUACAUCAAAUCCAAACCUUUCUAUUCCUUGGUGGAUCGAUUCUUGGACUCGGUUCGGAAGAGCCCACACAAAGCGUUCAUUCGGUUUCAGGAUCAAACAUACUCGUAUGUACAGUCGGAUAAACAGAGUAAUAAAAUCGCGAGGAGUUUGUUAAAACACGCAGAUCUUCAUGAAGGAGAUACAGUUGCGCUUCUGUUGGGAAACGAGCCCAUGUUCUUGUGGAUAUGCUUGGCUUUGGCCAAGAUCGGAUGUUCUGCUGCUCUUCUCAAUCAUAACAUCCGAUCCAAAUCACUGGUGCACUGUUUCACCUGCUGUGAGGCCAGGGUGCUGAUCGCUGGGGCAGAACUGCAGGAUGCUGUUGAGGAGGUGCUUCCCGCGCUGAGAGAGCAGGGCAUCUCGGUCUAUAUACUGACUGACCAUGUGACCUCCGAGGGAAUGAAAAGUCUUACAGACAAGAUCAAGCAGGCCUCAGAUGAGCCUGUUCCCGCAGACCUGAGGGCCAGCAUGAGCCUCGACAGCCCGGCGGCGUACAUCUACACGUCAGGCACCACGGGUCUUCCAAAGGCAGCAGUGAUCACUCAUCGGAGGCUGUGGGCCAUUGCCUUCUUCCAGUCCAUUUGUGGUGUGACGUCUGAUGAUGUGGUGUACGUCUGCCUUCCCUUGUAUCACAGCGCUGGCUUUGGCAUUGGAUUCGGAGGUGCUAUUGAAAGAGGAGCGACUGUUGUCCUGAAGAGCAAAUUUUCUUCCUCUCAGUUCUGGGACGACUGCAGAAAAUAUAAUGUUACUGUAAUACAGUAUAUUGGAGAAACCAUGCGCUACCUCUGCAAUACACCAAAGCGUGUUAGUGACCAAGUACACAACGUUAGAAUGGCCAUUGGGAAUGGGAUCAGGCCAGAGGUCUGGAGGACGUUCAUCAGCCGAUUCGGUCACGUCGACAUCAGAGAGUUCUACGGCUCAACCGAAGGAACCUUGGGCUUUUUGAACUUCGCAGGGAAAAUUGGGGCUGUCGGUAGAGUGAAUUUUUUACAUAAGAAACUGUAUCCAUAUUCAUUGGUUAAGUUUGAUAAGGAACAAGAGGAACCUGUAAGAAAUGCAAAUGGAUUUUGCAUAGAAGUAGCUAAAGGAGAGACAGGUCUGCUAGUAUCACAGAUUACCCAGAAGGCCCAGUUCGCUGGAUAUGCCAGGGAUCCGAAACAGACGGAGAAGAAGAAACUCUACGAUGUGUUUGAAAAAGGAGACAUUUACUUCAACUCUGGAGAUCUGUUCAAGAUAGAUCGUGAAAACUUCAUCUACUUCCAGGAUCGGGUGGGCGACACCUUCAGGUGGAAAGGGGAGAACGUUUCCACAAAUGAAGUGUCGGACAUCUUGACUAAUGCGACGAGUAUCGAGGAAGCAAAUGUAUACGGCGUUGAAGUUCCAGGGUAUGAGGGGAGGAUAGGAAUGUCUACCAUCACAUUGAAGAAGGACCAUCAGUUUGAGUGUGAUGGCAUUUUUAGUCAUGUGACCACUUACCUCCCCUCGUAUGCCAGACCACGCUUCAUAAGGAUCCAGAACAGUUUGGCUGUAACCUGCACCUUCAAACAGCUCAAAGGGAAGUUGGCAGAGGAGGGCUUCAACCCUGCUGCAAUCUCAGAUCCUCUGUUUGUUUUAGAUGAGAAGGUGAACAGCUACAGACCGCUGACACAUGACACAUAUCAGUCGAUAUUGGAGGGUCACUUCAGAUUGUGAAGAGCAGG